ACCAAGUCUACGUCAUCCGAGCCCUGGACGACAGUGCUUGUACGUCCUGAGCCAGAAAAGAAGGGGGAAAACUGAUCUGAAAGAGCAACAUUGAAGACCCCUAACGACAUUGCCGCCUCGUGCACUUGACCUCACAAAACUGAUCCUUCUCUCCCCAUUUUCCACAGGACGCCGUGUGCUUUGCGUGAUGUGCUCUUGAUCGUCCUUGUGUUUGAUUCAUCAUUCGAUUCAAUUAUUUCAAAGAUGGAUGACGAAUGGGAAUCAUUGGUUGAUGAUCAAGACCCGAAAGAGCCGGACGACGAUGAGGAACCAUCCGAGCCGGUGGCACCCGCCCCCAGUGCUCGAAUCACAGCUCAAAUGACACCUGCGAAUGCUGCUUUCCUUUCCAUUCUUCAACAAGUUCUGGUUGUUGCUCAAGCAAGUGUGAAGAAAAGUGAAGUGUUGGUCGAACGAACCCAGAGGAAUGGCCAAAAAGCGCGCGAUGAUUUGAAGGACGCAUUUGAGAGGUAUCUUCAAGCAAUCGACGAAACGACGACGAAGGAGCUUGAAAUGGUGAAAGCACACCGGGAUCUUGCGCGAGACCUUUUGACUCUCCUUGCGAAAGCGGUAACAACUGCGAAGGAGCUUGAAAUCAAAGAAGGGCGCCCCACAGCUCAGGAUUGGUAUUAUCGCCAACUGGAGGAAUCCCAGGUGGAACUAGUGACCUCGGAAGCAACGAUUGCCGACGCUAAAGCAAGCAGCAAAGAGCGACUUCAUGGACUGUUUGUUGCCUACAACGAUCUCGUUGAAGCAGUCAAAGUAGCCAACAAGGACAACACUACACUUGUCAUGAAGUAUACGGCGUUGGUGAACCACAUAUCGGCUCUCCUUGAAAAGGCGACCGAUGGCAAGCUCCUUAUCGACGAGGAUCGGGUUGCUCGCGAACUGGAAGAAACCAAGAUGGCGGCGGACAAAGCGGCAACGUUGCUGGAAGCAACAGAGAAAAGCAACCAAGAGAGACUUGAUGGACUGCUUACCGCUUUCAACGAUCUCGUUGACUCAGUCAAAGCAACAAACAAGGACGAAUUGAAAUGAAGCAAAAAUCCUUGGUGGCCCUCCUUGAAAAGGCGGAUGAUGGCAAGCUGAUUGUAGACGAGGACGGUAGUACAAUGUUAGUUUCUCCUUCUUCGUCCUCCGCAUCCUUUAUUAACUUAUUAAUUACACUUUCCCCGAAGGGAUUAUGUUCUACGUUUAGAUUUGAAAACGGUAUAUGCAAGCCUCUUGCUAGGGCUUGCCUUUAACCGUUUGUGGGUAUAGAAAAGGAUAUAUGAGAUG